AUGGAUCUUGCACGCUUUGCCCACACUUUACGAGCACAAGCUCCGGGAGGAGCAGAAACAGAGGUCUCCCUUACUCUGGGAGCCACAACGAUCGAGGCCAUUAAAGCACUAUGCAAAGCAAUGGGGCUGGAGGACCAUACUCAAGACCUAUCUCUAUUCCUCCGAGAAGAGACAGGCGCGCGCAUUCUUCAGACCAGCGACCGUCCUCUGGAACUAUACCUUCAACAAGUCAAUAUCCCAGACGGGCUUUCUCCCUUCUUACUUCGGAGGCUACCCCAGCACACGACAAACCCAAGUGUCACUGAAAACUCUCCCUAUAGUUUUCUUGCCGUGGCCCAGGGUAUCGAGGACUACAUGCGUCUGCCUAUACCCCCGUCAGAAGAUAAUGUCGUUGAAUUUGCAUCUUUGCGUCUUUUACUAGACAAGGAUCCACUGUCACCGGGAGUUGUGGCACAAAAUAUAGAACGCUACAUCCAUCCGUGCAUACGAAGCAAGCGCACAGCCAAAGAUUGGGAUGUUCUGGUUCUCUCUCGGGCCAAGGCCAGGGGACAUCCCACAGUGCAGACUCACAGACUUUUCGUAGAAUUCAUCGAUAGCGUCGAUCUCACUAGGAUGGAAUUCUUUGAGGCUACAUAUCUCUCUCCCAACGACCCUGUCUCUGUUUUUCUAGCGGUAGAUUCUAAGGCUCUACAUAUAUAUGAUCGUGAAACACACAACAAACUUGCGCUUCAUCCUUUACACUCCAUACACUCAUGGACAGUGGACGUAGAGCAUGGCAAGCUCGAAUUUCUGAUUGCGUGGCGAGCCGACAAGCACAUGCUCGCCUUUAUGGCCAGGCAAGCGUAUGCGAUAAUCUCGCUGAUUAAAUAUUACGUUGCGCGUGCACUGGAGCAUAUUCUAUGA